ACGUGGUGUUACGACAAGACAGGCCAAUGGCGAUCUGGUCCACUUCCACCGGACUGAGAUAUAUGGAUCUAAAUACUCUUACGUGGUUAAAUUUGAUAUGACCUCCCUGUACGAGCUAUCUAGACUGAACGCCCUGAGAACAAGUUUAAGGGGCAAUGAUGAUAAAACGGAUACCAACGAUCUGGAAAUGGAAAUGCCAAGUCACCGAGAUGAAGAAUCAGCGGCAUUUUUCGCCCCUUUCUAUGCAAUAGGGUGGACACUUUUGUCUGAAUUGUCGGGAGAAGCAGAUCUAGGGUACGUCAGGCACGAGAAAACGGAAGGUUUAAAUCAUUUGUCUCUGUUGGAUUGCCCAUCCCUGGAUGAAGAACAGGCAGGGUCAAGCUCUUUUACUUCCCGUACUAAAGAUGAAGACGGUCGGGCGGUCGAGGUUGGAGUAGGAAGUGGUCCCAGGGAAGAGGAUGAUCCGCCGCGACGCGAUGAGGGGAUGGGAAAGCUCGCGAGACAAUAUCAACUUGGAGCGCUGCGGGACGCGCGGAUGAAUGUAGAGGACGGGAUCGAGAUGAGCCGCUUUUCCUUGGGUGGUCGGCUCCACGUCUUUGUGCUGCCAAACCUCUUGACAGCGCUCUCCUUGGGUGAUGAUCACUAA